AUGGUACGCGAUGAGUUCCUUCAGCAUGUAGAUGAGUACAUGCCAUAUUCUGCUUUGAGUAAAGAAGAUACACUUGCACAGCUGGAGAGUUGGGCACAGACAGGGCAGUAUGGCAGUGACUCUGUGGACCUAAUUCUCCACAUCCUCAGCCAGGUCUUGAAUCUUCGCAUCGUUGUUGUUGAAGAGACUACCAGCCGGGUCACGAGUCUUGAACUGUUGCCUCACAGACAAGAAGAGUGCAGAACAAGAGCCGGCAUAGUUAACACCGGCGCAGUCAGCGGUAGCCAAAACCCUAUCAUUGUUGGUUCAAGUGCAGUUAACAUCAAUUACAAUUUCCCGUUGGAGGGACCAGGAGUGUCUGCACCCAGACCUCAGCAAAGCCAGCGACCAGACCAAGAACUAAGGCUGGGGACUUCUAACUACCAAGAAGCUGGAGAGAAGUCGGGAAUAGAAACAGAUGAACUUGAUGAAUUCAUCCUGGCCAACCCAAAUGAGGUCUUGAUUCUUUUGGAUGGUUUUGAUGAAAUGAGGGCCAAAACACUCGAUGCAGCAUUCGGUUCUAUCCUAAAAGCACUCAAUAGAACAGUAUACAAAGAAUGUUUCAUCUGUGUAUCGACGCGCCCCUCUCACGUUGAUACACUGAUGUCAAAAACACUUGUCCAAAAUCCUUGCACACACGUAGAGGUUCUGGGGUUUACUGACGAGGACGUUCAUGAAUACGUUCAGAAAUUCUAUGACAAAGAUCCUGAUAGUGGCAAAGCACUAACCGAAACCAUUGAAAAGUCGAACACGCAGCGUGAGUUUGCUAAAACUCCAAUGAUGUUGCUUCUCAUGUGCUUAUUGUGGAGGGAGAGUAAACAACUCCCAGAAACAACUUCACGCCUCUUCACUAAGGCAGUUGAUCACAUGUUCACAAGAAAAGGUAUCUCAGGAGAAGAUGCUCUAAAAACAGUCAUUGCCAUAGGAAAAACUGCGCUGCGUGGACUCAUGACUGCCAGCCAGAAAUUCUCAUUCCAAGAAGAUGAGUUUGAAACGAGUGCGCUGGACCUGGCACUUAAAGCGGGCAUCCUAACCAAGCAGAGAGUCAUCAAAAACCGCAAAUCCGACAAGAACGUACAAUUCAUGCACAAGACUAUGCAGGAAUACGGUGCUGCGAAAUACUUGCAGAGUUUGAAGAAUUCAACCCUCGGAUUGCAUACGCGUGUGAAGAACAAAAUCAAAUUUCGGAGAAAGUUGAGAAGAAUGUGCUCAAACAUUGAGGGCGUUGUUUCAAAUGAUUUUCUCUUUCGAUUUUGUUGUGGUGACAAUCAAGAGUGCAUGGCCCAUAUCGUAAACCUGCUUGACCGUAAGUUCAAUAAGGAUGAGCCCAGGUAUCAAUCAAGUGUUGUACAAGCGAUUAGUCGAAACUGCUUUUUUGAAAGCCAGUCAAGCGAGGUCCCACAGUGUCUCACUAGCGACUCGCAUAUCCCAUCAACUAUCGAAGUGCAUAACAAUAAUGAUUUCCGCAGUCUCAUGUACCUCUUUGACAUCGUCUGUAAGUCCGACAGCCCCACGGCACAACUGGCACGCGUUGAAACUAUUGAGGUUUCCUCAUUGUCUUCGGUCAGUGAUUUAGCUUCCGCCCUGGGUUACAUGGAAAACCUCAUGACUCUGAGGCUCUACAGUUGUCCUUUAGUGAAGGGUGAUCUUGAGAAAACCUUGUCGUCACUGAAAUGCAACCAAGUGACCGAUCUUUGCAUAAAGGGUGACCAAACAUUGGGUAGUAGAGCUAUAGAAUGGGCUCCUUAUAUCAAACACUUGACAAGCCUGAACACACUUGAAAUAAGUGACUGCAACCUUCAGUUUACAGACAUUGGACACAUUGCCUCGUCUGUUGGUGACAUGCCAAGACUGACUGACUUAAUCCUCACAGACAAUCCAGGACUUGGCUUAUCGACUGAGAAGUGGUCCCGUUACUUGUUAAGAGUAAAGCAAAAACAAACACUAGACCUGAGCAAUUUCUCACUAACGUUGGAGGAUGUUAGCACAAUUUCCGUUGUGUUAGACCACAUUCCCGCACUGACUAACUUGAUCCUUGCCGGCAACACAGCGUUGGGGGAAUCGGCUGAGAAGUGGGCCAAGAAUUUGUCGCGAUUUACGAACAUACAGACGUUGAACCUGAGCAAUUGUGACAUGCCCAAACUGACUGACUUGAUCCUCACUGGCAACCCGGCACUUGGCGAAUCGACUGAGAAGUGGUCCCGUUACUUGUUAAGAGUGAAGCAAAAGCACACGCUGGACCUGAGCAAUUUCUCACUAACGUUGGAAGAUGUUAACAUUGAAGACAUUGUCUCGGCUGUAUCCAACCCCUAUGAUUUAAAGGACCUGUUUGGCUUUGAUAGCCGCGAGGCCAGACCGACUGACUUGAUCCUCACUGACAAUCCGGCGCUUGGCGCAUCGACUGAGAAGUGGUCCCGUUGUCUGUUAAGAGUAAGGAAAGAACACACGCUGGACCUGAGCAAAUUCUUACUAACGUGGAAAGAUGUUGACAUUGAGUGCAUUGCCGCGACUGCAGGUGUCAUGCCCAAUCUGACUGACUUGGCCCUUUCUGACAACAACAGUUUUCACGGAUUGGAUGAGUUGCAGUCCCACUUUCCAUCGCUUAAGAUUCACUAG